AUGGCAGGUCAUUCAGCAGGAGGUUCAGAACAAUCUCGGAGCAGUGGAAGCAUGGGCGGGAAUGCAGCAUAUGCAUUUUCAGAUCUCGAUGCAAUUGUAGUUGUCGUUGGCAAUCCCGACGAUACAACGGUGUAUCAAAAAUCGACGGCUCUUCAUAAACCCUUUUGGGCAUCCAGCCGCACACCCUUUCUGCGGUCACUUCAGCAAAGAAGGGUACACCAUUGCGCUUGCUCAACGAUUUUUAAUUUAGUUUCGAUUUUGGAAACCCUUGAGCGGUCUAAAUCUCCGGGCACAAGCGGUCCCCAAUUGAAUUUCUUUAAGCGUUCUAAAGAUGGGUCCGAUCAGAUGCAGCUGUUUGAGGAAUUUUUGUCCUCGCUUAAAAAACACUCGCCGACAGGAAGGCUUGAAAAAAUUGGUAUUUUUUCAAAGGACCAUGCAUCUGGCUCCCUUGCUGCGGAUUGGAAAAAAUUUAUGGCUGCUCAUGCGGAUUUGGAGCUAAUCGACGUUUCAUCGGCCGUUGGUGCUCUACUUGUUCAGAAGGAUUCUGACGAACAGGAGCUUAUCCAUCAAGCAGCCAAAAGUUCAUCCUCUCUUCUGCAGGGCUAUGUGACCGAUCAGAUUCUUUCUGUCAUCGAUGCCGAUAAACGGGCUGUCACCCAUUCAGACUUGUCGGAAAAGAUCGAAAAUGCCGUUUCGGCGCUUUCUGAAAAGCGGGCAAAGUUCAAGGUGCCUUCUGGCGUGGAGCCAGAGCACAUUGAAAUGUGCUAUCCACCGAUCAUACAAUCUGGUGGGAACUAUUCGCUCAAACCCUCUGCCGUGUCUGAUGGCGAGCCCUUGCAUCCGGGGGCCAUUGUUUGCUCGCUUGGCCUCCGUUAUCGCUCUUAUUGCUCAAAUGUUGGGCGUACUUUCCUGAUUGAUCCAAUACCACAACAAGAGACGGAUUACAAGUUUUUGGAAGAGACCUACGACUACCUUCUGUCACAGAUACACACGGGAUUACCUUUGGCCUCCAUUUAUACGCUCGGACAUGAUUUUGUCAACACAAAAAGGCCUGAUCUUGAAAAGUCGUGGCUUUCCACUAUUGGCUGGUCCACGGGUCUGGAAUUCCGAGAACCUGACUACAUCAUUGGGGCAAAGUCGACGGCCAAGCCUCACGCCGUGUGUGAUGGGAUGACCCUGAUAUUAAUGGUCGGCUUUGCAAACAUUCAUCUUCAGCCCAAGAAACAGGACCCUCGGGCCAAUUUGUAUUCGCUCAUGAUUUCAGACACCGUUCUCAUUCAAAACGGGACUGCUCGAGUUUUGACCGAAUGCACCAGAAAGCUUUCUGACAUUUCGUACUUCUUCAAGUCGACCUCAAAAAAAACCAAGUCCAAAAAAACGGAUCAUGCAGAUGAAUCGAUCGAGGAGAUCGAUGAUAGCGAUGAUGAUGCAAAGCAGGGCAGAACGAAAAUGGACACCCCUGUUGGGCGAAAAAUACGCACCCGCUCUCGCACUGGACACGCAAAGGUUGAUGAGGAAGCAAUGAGACGAAGAGAAGCUCAUCAAUCUGGUCUUUUGAAAAAGCUCGUACGGGAUUCACUGCUCAAAUAUACACAAGAAGAAGAAGAGGGAAAGGAUCCUUCUAGCGCUGCUUCUUUUCUAAAGACCGGGGGUUCAACCGCCUAUAAAGAGAUCGAGUGUUACAAAAAAGAAGCAUUUUUGCCAAAAGCCGUGCGUGAUCUCAAAAUCCUCGUUGAUGCCAAGAAUGAUUGUGUCGUGUUGCCGAUCUUUGGCUUGCCCGUUCCAUUCCAUGUUUCCACCAUCAAAAAUGUUAGCAAAAGCGAGGAAGGCGAGUUUGUCUAUUUGCGCAUCAACUUCAAUUCCCCUGCGGGCGAUUUAUUGAAAUCAAGUAGCUUUGUUCGGUCCUUGUCGUUCCGCUCAACAGACUCGUUCCACAUGCUUUCUUGUUGGAAAGAACUCAAUGACCUCCGCAAGACGUAUACCACGAAAGAAGCAGAAUCACGAGAACGUCGUGAUAUUGUGGCCCAGGAUGCACUGGUUGAGCACACAAAAUCUGCCGGUGGUGUUCGCGAGCGUUCUGCACGGCUGCAAGACCUCUUCAUGAGGCCUGCGCCGUGGGAAGGCAAGCGUGUUCCGGGCGAUCUUGAUGUUCAUGCCAACGGUGUUCGCUACCGCUCCCUGUUGAAACCAGAUGUCAAAAUUGACAUCCUUUUUUCGAACAUGAAGCACCUUUUCUUUCAACCUUGCGACAAUGAAAUGAUCGUCGUUAUACACAUGCACCUUCAUCAUCCCAUCAUGAUUGGCAAAAAAAAGACAAAGGAUAUUCAAUUCUACAGAGAGGCUCUGGAGAACAUUGUCGAUGAAACCUCCACCAGCUCCAACAGUCGACGUCGAGUUCGCUAUGGGGGCGGUGGCGAUGAAGAUGAAAUCAUCCAGGAGCAGGAGGAGCGGCGUCGAAGAGCAGUCCUCAAUCAAGAAUUCAAAUCAUUUUGCGAACGUCUUGAAGGCCAAGUGAGUGUGGAUAUUCCGAUCCGCGACCUUGGAUUUUAUGGGGUGCCUUUUCGCCAAACUGUGUUAUUGAUGCCAACUCGAGAUGCACUUAUUCAUCUGACAGAUCCGCCCUUCCUUGUGGUAACCCUUGCGGAUGUAGAAGUCGCCUCGUUGGAGCGCAUUCUUUUUGGGUUGAAGCAUUUUGAUCUCGUCUUCAUAUGGAAGGACCAUUCCAGGGCCCCGCAGCAUGUCGACUCGAUCCCGGUCUCGUAUUUGGAAGCCAUCAGAGCAUGGCUUGAUGCUGCAGAUAUUUACACGAUGACGUCCACCAUCAACUUUAAUUGGAUCAAUGUAAUGAAGACAAUUCAGGACGAUCCCAUUGGAUUCUACGAGAUGGGUGGGUGGUCGAUCAUCCAGGCACGUCCAGGAGGUAAGCGAAAAGACGGCGAGGAUGACGGCAAAAGCGAAGCGUCAUCUUCAUCCUCCGACGAUGAUGAUUCUGUUUAUGAUGAGGAAUCCGAAGACGAAAAUGGCGAAGAAUCGGAUGAAAUCGAGGAAGAUGCAUCCGAUGAUACCACACAAGAUGAAGAAGAGUCUGACUUUGAUGACGAUGGCACCGAAGACGAUGAGGAGGAAGACGAAGAAGACGAGUCUGAGGAUGAUUCCAAGCAACACCGAAAAUCCGCCGCCAGCAGUCGCGGCCGCAAAUAG